CACCGGGGGCCGCGCUGCGCCAGGGCCGGCGCCACGCGGGGGGGAGGCCGAUCCCGGGUAGGGGCAGGCUGCUAGCCCCGGGAGGGCCAUCCAGGAGGCACCGGUCCGGCCCUGGCAGGGGGAUCCCGGAGCUCUGGUCCUAGUCCCGGGAGGCUGAUCUGGGGGCACCGGCCCCAUAGUCGGGAGGCUGUUGGGGGGCCCUGGUCCCGGCCCUGGCAGGAGGAGGCGAGCGGGCACCAGCCCCAACCCCGGCACAGGGCACCCAAGGGGGGCACGUGGCCCAGUCCCGGGAGGGCGAUCCAGGGGGCACCAGUCCCAGCCCUGGCCGGAGGGGUGCAAGGGGGCACCAGUCCCAGCUCCGGGAGUCUGGUCGGUCCCAACCCUGACGGGGGGAUCCGUGGGGGGGAACACUGCUCUUAGUCCCAGGAGACCAAUCCAGGGGGCACCAGGUUAGUUGGUGGUCAUGUUCCCUGUGGGCUGCCCCGCUGGAGGCGGUGGCUCUCGUUCUCCCAGCAGCCCUUGGCCAUGAGAAUGGGCAGCGCAGGGUCCUCAGGCAGGGAGGAACGGCUGCCAUCGGGUGCGGAGGAGCAGUUGAGUGGUGGGGAUCAGACACUGGAGCUGACCGGGCGGCACCUGAAGCGGCUGCCAGGCCCAGUGUGUGCCCUGGGCAGCCUGCAGAAGCUCUACAUCAGUGGCACGGGGUUGCGGGAGCUGCCCGAGGAGAUCGAGGGACUGCGGGAGUUGCGCAUCCUGGCACUGGACUUCAACAAGCUGGAGGAGGUGCCUGAGGCACUAUGCCGCCUACCCCGUCUCACCCGCCUCUACCUGGGCAGCAACCGCCUCUUUGGCCUCCCUGCAGAAUUUGCCCAGCUCCAGACUCUGCGCUGCUUGUGGAUUGAGAACAACUACCUGUACCAUUUCCCUCGGGUCUUGCUCCAGAUGCCUGCACUGCAGUCCUUGCAGAUGGGUGACAAUCGACUCCGAGCGCUGCCGGGCAGCCUGCCACGUAUGACUGGCCUCCGGGGACUCUGGCUGUAUGGGAAUCGCUUUGAGGAGUUCCCACAGCCCCUGCUCCGCAUGUCACAGCUCCAUAUCCUUGACCUAGACCGCAACAAGAUCAUCGAUUUCCCAGACCUGGUCCACCUGAAAGGGUUACGGCUCUUUUCCUAUGACCAUAAUCCAGUUAAAGCACCACCCUGUGUGGCUGACACUGUCACCCUUGUAGGUGAUGGGGCCCAGGAGCUGAUGGAGGCCAGGGAGGAACGUCUCCAGAGCCUGCGGGAGCAGGAUGAGCAGGAUGAGCAGGAGGAGAAUGGCUCAGAAGCCAUGCAGGGCACCCUGAGGAACGACUCCUCUCUGCUAGAGGAUGCUGAAGGCAGUUUCUCUGCCCUGGAAUGCUCCCCAGAAGAAACAUGAGAAUGGGCACUACAACAACAUGGUUGCUGCUCAGAAAAUCUGGUGGACACUGGUGGGCUGGCAGAUCCGCUUCUGCGCUGCAAGGGGUGAGAGUUUGCAUGGACCAUCUCUGGCCUUGAGUAGCCACAGUCUCCCAACUAGGGUCAUGGGUAACUACCAGUCCAGGGAGUCAUUAUCUUCUUGCAUGAGACAGGAAAACCAUGAAUCAAAAGGGUGCUGUUUCCUUGCUGGGACCACAGACAGCAAAGAGGAGCAUCAUCUAUCUGCAGGAGUUCUGGGCAAUCACUGCACCCCUGAGGCAUCCUGCAUAGCCACAGGACGUGGGGGUUGGCAGGGUUGAAACCACAAUGCUGUUGUGUUGGAUAAUCCCAUUGGACCAGCUCUGUGGGAGGAUGGUCCCUGUAUGAGAUGGGCAUUGAUAAGAGCUGGCCUUCUCAGAACAGCCAGCCUGUGGUGGAAGCCUGGAAUUGAAAGGACUUUAAUGUGACAAUCUGUGGCUGUUUGGUUAGGUAUCUGUGAGUGAUCCCUGCUCCUAGCCAUCCAGUCCAUUGCCACGGGACUCAGAUGCAAGACAGGAAAAAGCCAUGCUGUUUGGUCUGGUGGGUUUUUUUAAUUCCCUUGGACUCCACACCCUGGAGUGCUACAGGGUUCAAGUAUGAACAGAAAAACUUCUCACAUCCUAGAGAUUCCUGUUCUGCUACUGGAAUUAGACUCAGAGAGAAACGUCUCCCAAGCUGCUCCUUCCAGCUGUCAGCUUUGAAAAGAAGCUGACAGGAAAGCCUUGUUUGUGCGCAGCGCUCCCUCUCUGGCCUGGAAAGGGUUUUUGCCUCCGCUCUUUGUAUGGUGGGAAAAGGAGCCCUGUGCGCUGCUUUGCAGGCUGCCUGGACUUUCCAUUCCCUUAAAUGGGCACAGAAGCAAAAGCUGGUAUGAACUGGGCCACCAGGACUGUGUGCGUCUGGGGCAUUGGGGUGGCAGCAGCAGGACUCUCUCUGCUUUCCUCCUGGUGGUGGCAGGCUCGUUCUCCCAGUCCCCCUGGGGGCUAGAUUUGUACCAAAUCUAAGCAAUAAAAAGUAGAAAACUGAGAAAAUCUGGUAGUGAGAGAAAGAGGCUCCCAGGCUGAUUCUCAGGGAGGCUGCUUUGGGAGGCUGCUGUCAGGAUGGUUUAUUUGGAAAGAGUAUGUAAACAGAAUCAUAUGGCCUGGGGAAAGGGAACUGGGUUCUCAAGCAUCUGUGUUAUUUUUAACAUUUUGGGGAAUCCUGUAUCCUCUCUCUAUCCGUCUCUGAACUGUACUGUCUUCUCUGCACUCUUUCUCGCUCUACUCCAUCCCUCCCCCUGCUGCUAUCAUCUGUGACUCCCUCUGCAGUGCUGCUCCUCCCUCACUUGGAGCUAGGUCCAUUCUCUUUCCCUCCUUUCCAUAUCUCUCUUUGAGCUCCCCUCCACAGCUCUCUCUCCAUCUCUUCCCCUCCACACUUCCCUGGGCUGUGUUCACUCUCAGCCCAGCUUCAAUCUCAAUAACAUUAUUGGCACGGCAAAGUAUACCAGUGUUGCCAAAGUUAAUACACUUUGUCAAAUCUCUGUGCCUUGGUCAGGGUUUUAGAGGAGUAACUGGGUUUUAUACCAUGUGGCCACUAUGAUCUAUUGUGAAUUUGCUGGCUAGGGGCCAGGUAGCAUUAAGACAUUUCCACUGUCUUUUUCCUUUCGCUCAAAGUUAUGUCAUUUUUCUUCUUUGCUUUGCCGCAAAGAGUCUUGCUAUUUCUGAUCACUUGGAAAAGUCUCUUCCUCUUCUUUUGGAUCUCAUGCAGCACAAUAAAAAGUGCCUGACAGUUUCAGUCUCUCCUGUCACUGUGGGGUACAAAAUUGCCCAUCCCUGGGUUUCUAGUGGAAAGUGUCCUGGCUUCCAUUUUUGCUUUGGGAUCACUGCUUCAAUACUUGGUGAGAGCACAGCUCUGUUUUACACAUUGUCCUGUAGACAGGGGGUCUGCUAGUGUUAAAGGAGCUAGAGCAAUCUAGCUGCUUGUGUUGAUGAUGUUCUCUAAUCCCAGUAGCCAACAUACUUUUCUUUUUUGGGGGCUUCAUGCAGUGUCUGGAAGAAGGUGGGAAGAUGCUGCCUGUGUAAAAGUGGAGGGUGAUUUUAGCAGUGGUUAUGAUGUCCCUUCCAGUGCAACCUGUGUGCCAAUUGCUGUACUCCACACUCCCCACCCAUAAAGGUCUAGCAGUAGCUUUAUCUGUGGGUUGAAGGUAGCCAGAGGAUUUUAAAGAUCUGUAGCACAUCCUGUAGCCAGUUGGGCCCUUCCUGCUGCAUGACUGUGAGGCCAAGGUGUGGCUCAUUCAGGUGGGUUCUGCUGGUGUCUGCAGAGUAACAUUUUAAUUUGCUUUGGGGCUUUAAGCCUGUGAUUUUUUGGUCUUUUCUAGGCUGAACUGACGGGGCCUGUGUGCUGCUGUAGCAGGUGUCUCUGUAGCAGGUUCAGGUGCCUUGGAUGGGGAUUAAUCUGCCCAGUACUGAUAACAGGAACAGUAUGACUCGUGUCUCUCAGAACUGCUCUGUUCUCUCUGUGUCAUUUUUGCUCCGGGGGCUGAAUUGGUCUGUGUGACUAGGGGAGGCCCAAACUGCAUGGUCUCGGUCCCGGAGCUGGCCCACCUGCACCUGAAAACUACGUCCUCCCUCUCUGUUCUGUCUGAGCCAUGGGGUCUCUCGUUCUGAGCCGUGCUCCCUCUGUCUCUCUUUCAGUGGUGUCCUCGCUCGCUCACUCCCACCUAUUUGAAAAGCCCUUGUGGCACCUGAGGAUGUGCCAUCCCAGCCGCAUACCCGUGGUCAUGAGUAGAGAGGCUGGAAGGACAGGACAGGCUUGGGCAGACAUGGGCGGUGAGAGAGGCUGACUCAAGCUGCUGUUUUAAAAAUGGAUUCUAAUUGUGCUAUCGAAAUGAUGGCGGGUGGAGGGGAAGACAAUGACUCCUGACAGUUACAGCCCUUAGUGCUUCCCUGGCCCUUGUAUUUCAAAGGACUGUACUGAUCUGAGCUUCAGAGUUCUCCUGCCUCUUCCCCCCCUUCCCCACUGUGAGUUAGGGGUGUAUUGCAUGUUAUCCCUGUAGCACUCCGCAGUGAUCUCCCUUCUAAGCCCACUACUGCUGCCUGCCCUAGCUAGCUCUGUGCACUGGGGCAUGCCUGCCUGAGGCUUAGCACACACAUGGGUCUAUUAAGCUGAGUACACUGAGGCUAAACUCCUGCCUGGGAAGGGCCUUUUAUUGCUGAUUGUCCAGACUCCGAUGAAAUUGGUGGUGGGGAUUCCUGUACCUCUCAGAGGUGUUUUGUUUACCGAGAUCAGCAAUGUUGCUUGACUGGAGUUGUUAAUUCAUUCCCCUCUUCCUCCUGUUUCCAGUCAUUUCUCUGCUCUCUUUCUCUUAAUCAGCUUCAAGUGGUUUUAUUAGACUUCUUAAGGGAACAAUUUCAAAUGAUUUCCUUUGCCGUUUCUUAUAGCAACAUCCGGACUCAGCAAGAGGCUGCCAGGUUGGGGGAGGGGAUUGAGACACGAGUUACCUUCCUCCCCCUCUGCCAGAUGGGGACACUGGACUGGCGGCAGCUGCUGAGUCAGCCCAGGAAUCUUGUGUAUGUGUAUCAAGAAUGCAGGUACCCAUAGGAACAUUGCUUGUGCUAAGGGCUGACUCGCCCUGAUUAUCUUAAUCCUCAGCCUUACUGAGCAUGAAGUCUAAAUCCUACUGCCCAUUUGUGAUGGUGAAGUGAAUUUCUGCUCUUCUGCUCCAGCCAGGAGGAGGGAAGGUCUUCAGUCUUCCAAAGACUGGAUCAGAGCAGUGAGUCUAUCUCAUCUGGUAUUUCACCUCCUUGAGGCAUCAGAGCAGAUCAGUGAUCAGCUGGGCCAAUCUCUCCUCCUUGUUAUAGUAUAAUAGAUCUGUGGUCUGUCUAGUCUGGUAUCCUGCCCCUGGCAGUAGCCAGUAUGCUCCUCCGCAUGUUAAAUCUAAUUGUGCAAUAUCAUAGCAAGGCGGUAGGGGGUGAUAAUGUUUCCCGAUCCCAGAUGGUGAUCAGCUUUCACUGAAGCAUAAGAACCUGUGGAUCUCACUGAGCUCUUUUCCCCCAUCACAUCAUGCAGCAGUGAGUUUCACAAGUUACUUGUUGGAACAGCUAAAGACUGUUUUUGUGGAACAGUCCAAAGACUUUAGACCAAAGGUUUAAAUUUUUUAUUCUAAAAACAGUCAGAGUUGCAAGACGUUUUAACUAGAGAUGGUCAAAAAAUGUUCAAAUGAGACAGUUUUCUCAAAACUUUCUGCAGGAGCACAGGGAUUUUGACAAUGUUGUUAAGAAAUAAAAAAUAGAAUUGAAGUGUUUCGUCAAAGUAGAAUGUUUUGACCUUAUUGAAAUGGAACAUUUUGAUUUUUCAUUUUGAAAUGACUUUAUUUGGAAAUUUAUUUUGUAUUAUAUCAUUAACAUAUACACGUUUUCAAAAGUCAAAAUCUGAACGAAAUGUUUUGUUUGACCUGCAACUAAAUUUUUUUGAAAAUUUUAUUUCACUGGAAAUUUCACAUUGUUU